AUGGCUAUCCCAAGAGAGCCUCAGCCAUUGAAUUUGGUUCAAUGGUUAGUUCGUACUGCAGUAUUUUGCGUGUUUUAUGGCAAGUCUUUGGAAUUAAGAACUCGUCUUGCGUAUAGUCCGACCUAUUUCGCGGCCUUACUGUUUUGGCCUUUUCAGAAUAAUUUGUUUCAUAAUUUGAUUGUUCACACCCAACGAUGCUAUGGUACCUUACUUGUGUCCAUUAAUCAAUAUUUCGCUCCAAGCAAUUUUAUUAUUACUGUGGAUGAGACCGCCAAAGGUGUCGUGAAGCAAACUUGGAAUGGCGCAAAAAUCGAACUUGACAUACCUGAGAGAAUUAUAUUAAUUGCGAAUCAUCAGGGAAUGAGGUUUUUCCAGUUCAUCUUUCUGAAAAGAAGGUGGGCUGCAGACAAAGGCGCGUUAGUUAAAGUAAUGAAUAGCUUGGCCAGCUCCAAAGAUCCAUUAUGGUUACUAAUAUUCCCUGAGGGAACAGUAGUAUGCGAAGCAACACGAAAAUCGUCAAAAAACUUUGCAGAGAAGAUUGGCACGGUUGAUCAUGAGCAUCUUUUAUUGCCACGUUCCACUGGAUUGAACUAUUGCACACAGACGUUAAGAAAAUCAGUAAGUCACAUUUAUGAUCUAACUAUUGGACUGGAAGGAAUAUCGGCAGGACAAUAUCCGGAAGAUAUAUAUACUCUUCGGAAAAUUUACUUUGAGGCGAAGUAUCCUCGUAAUAUACAUAUACACAUUCGUCGUUACGCUAUUUCGAAAAUCCCUGAUGAUGAAGAUAAGUUCGCAGAGUGGCUAAGGCAACGUUGGGUAGAAAAGGACGCCUUAAUGUCUGAAUUUUAUACUAAGGGAAAAUUCCCUACAUCUGAAUCAUCCAAGGUGGUUCCCUUAAAAAUGAAUAGUGUGUUUGAGUUGUAUGUACUUCAACACAUGUAA